CCCCGACAAACCACAGAGCAGAGGACAGUCGAAGUUCAUCUGGUGUGAUUCAGGCACUAAGAUUUACCUGCUACUAACGGCCGUGGAUCGGGAUAUGAACCUGAAAGUGUUCUGCCUGUCUCUCCUUCUGUUUGAAGCCUCCUGUUUCACACAGAGGCAGCACCUGCAACUAAAUACAGUCGCGAUGUGGACUGACAUCUCAAACACCAGUGAUCUCUGUUGUUGAUCUGCUCGCGACAGAUCAUUGACGGCUUCCGCGACAAACCACAGAGGAGUCAAACCAAUGGCCGUGGUUCGUGAUAUGAACCUGAAAGUGUUCUGCCUGUCCCUCCUUUUAUUUGAAGCCUUGUGUUUCACUGAGUUUGAGAUUACUGUGCCCAGAGGUCCUGUCACUGGGUUUUACGGAGAGGUGCUGAUCCUCCCCUGCACCUUCCCUGUGGACUCGUUGGAUCUGAGUAACACCCUGAUCUCCUGGCAGCGUGGGCUGGAUGUGGUUCACAGCUACCACUACAGUCGGGACCAGCUCGACCGUCAGAAUCCUCAUUAUGUGAACCGCACCAGCCUGUUCAUCCAGGAGAUGGCAGGAGGAAACGCAUCACUCAAACUGGAGAGAGUCACUCUGCAGGACUCUGGUGUGUACACCUGCUCCAUCAGCACAAACACCGGCAGCCAGAAGAAGAGCUUUAGAGUGAAUAUUGCAGCGUUCUACUCUGAACCUCGUCUGCAGUUCUCCAUGUUAACUGAUGGAGUCAACCUGCUAGUGACAUCAGAUGGGGGCUACCCUUCUCCUGAACUGCAGUGGCUGAUGGAAAACUCAGACAUCACUAACCAGGCACAAACACACAUCAUGCAGGACACACAAACUGGACUUUACAUUGUGUCUAGUUGGAUAAAAGUCACUGAAGUCACAAACUCCUCUCUGACAUUCAUACUGAACAACAAACCUCUGGGUCAAGACAUCAGAAGAGAGAUCCAGCUGUACUCAGAUAAGAGUGAGAGACAAGGAGCAUGUAGAUGCCACGGAUGCUUCUUAUUGAUCCCUGUUAUUCUGCUGCUGCUGCUGAUCGUGAUGGGUUUAUUGUUUGUGUUCAUUAUAAGCAGAAGAAGAGAACAGACCAAACUAAAUUACUUUACUAAUAUGGGACUCAACUCUGAAACCCAAUUUCUGAAUGGAAAAUUUCAGCAGUGUAUAGGAGCAUAACAUCAUAAUGUGGUUUGACAGAGACAUGGACUGUAACGAGAGAUCACUGUUGGAUAUCUUCACACUUUAAUAUGUUUAAUGUUCUUAUUUUCAUCAAACACACCAGCUUAACAUCUGUAACACGGCUUGGAUUUCGACACGGGAUUGCUCCGAAUUUGAUCAGUAAUUCUUUCUGUGAGACGUAAUUUUUACAAAUAGUGACAAGUGAUUCUCUCUCUUUCAAAAUGCGCAAAUGGCUUCACAUAAUCACAUCGCAUUUUUAUAAGCGAGCAGCAUGCUGCGAUACAGGACUUUUGCUCAUGUUUCGGGACAGAACUGUCACUUGCCUGUUCAUGCCAGAGUUGCAUCGUCAGUAAAGUUGCACGACUUCCCAUUUGAAUUUGAUUAACUGAAUGAACAAUUUGACAUAAAAGACUACACAGAUACAUUUAAUAAGGUGGUUCUAAAAAUUCCCCUGAAAAUCAAUCCCAGGGUGCAAAUGUGGCCCAUGGAUGGAAAGAAAAGUAGGCUACAUCUGAGCCUCGUGUUCCUCAGGCAACAUGGCAUUUAACAUUUAAAUGGUUGCUCAGAAUUCCUCUGGGUUGAGUGGCCCAGAAGAUAUAUUAUCUAAAAAAUAAAGUUUCAAUACAAUUAUUUUUCAAGUUCCUCAGAAUUAUUGUUCAGGUGUAAAUUAUAUUCUGGACUGCUGCUGAAGUAGCAGAUGGGUGGCUCUGUCAAAAAUACUACUGGUCACUUUACUCAUUUUUUCCACUCCAUUUGGAUCAAACCACUGGAUUAAAGCAGCGCGUCCUGUGGAAUUGUGUCAAUUUGACGUUUGGCGGUGGCAGCACGUGCAGCGGUGUAGAGGGACAAUGAGUGCCGGGGCAGUUUGUUUCUUCAGCUGCUUGUAGAAAAGCACAGAGAUCUGCUCCAGUUAAGAAACCCUUAUUAUUAUCCUUCUGCUUAUUCUAUCUGGUAACAUUAAUCCAGACCCUAAACUGGCACAACUUGACAUGCGAUCUAUGUCAAAAUAGCACUGAACUGCACCUGGAUUGAGUCGAUCACUAAACCAAAGUGUUUUGAACUGUCUGUAAUUAAGUUACAUCUUCCCAACGGUGUUGAUUUUAGUAAUGGGAUGCUGUUGUCCACCAUCGGCGUCUCAUGAAGCCUUAACACUGCUGUCUGACUAUAUGAAAAAGUUUUCAGACAGUGACUUUGUAUUGCUGGGAGACUUUUGGGACUGGUUAACGAAAUCUUCAAAUGCAUUUAAGGACAUCUGUGAUGCACUGAAUUUGUCACAAUUAAAUAACAAUCCAACUCGGUUGAAUUUAAAACAUAUGGAUAAGUCUACAUUGCUUGAUAUUAUACUUACAAAUUCCCGACAGAAGUAUUCUUCAGUUGGAAUAUUUAGUAAUGAUGUCAGUGAUCACUGCACAGUCGCCUGUGUUAGAAAUUGUAAACUUCCUAAAUGUAAACCUAAAUUCAUUUUUAGAAGAAAUUAUAAACAUUUUAGUGAGCAAGCAUUUUUACAUGACCUGUACAAUAGUAAAGUGUUCUAUGAAUGUGAAAUGGCAGAUGUUGAUCUGGCAUGGAAUUAUUUAGAUAAUCCAUGGUUUAAUAAAUCUGUCUCUUCUUCCAUUAGAGAAAGAAAUAUUGCUUGGGCCAAGGCUAAAAGAACUAAUAAAGUUAGUGAUUGGGAGUGAUAUAGAGUGUUAAGGAAUAAAUUUACUAAAAUUAUAAAAAAAUGCAAAAAGUGAGUAUUACCUUAACAUGAUAAAUAAAAUAUUUUAUAAAAUUUAAAAUUGCACUUUUUAUUGAAUUAUCCAAAGCAUUUGAUUCUGUAGAUCGAUCUUUUGCAAAGGCUUAAAUGUGUAGGUUUUAGUAAUACAGUGUUGAAGUGGUUUUCAAGUUAUUUGACUGGAAAAACUCAGUGUGUGUCUAUAGAUCAUUAUAUUUCUACCUGUAGUGAAAACAGGUGUUCCUCAAGGAUCAAUUUUGGGACCAAUUUUAUUUUCUAUUUAUAUAAACGAACUUGAUGUAGGAUUAAAGCCAGCAAAUGUACACUUUUAUGCAGAUGAUACUGUUAUCUAUACUCUGGCUCCAUCUUUAAGUGGCAAUGGACUAAUUAUAAAUAGUAUAUAUUCUGUAUACAGAAUGCUUUUAAUUCAUUUCAGCCUUCUCUUGGUAAUCUAAAAUUAACGGUGAACACUAAAAAAAAAAAAAAUUGAUUUUCCACAUGCUCCAGAUUAUCACUUAAUGAUUUUAUGAUUAAAACUUCUGAUGGUACUCAGCUUGAGAGGGUCUGUACUAGAGAGGAAGCACUAACUUAAAUCUGUACCAUCUCUUGCGUUGUUUAAAAACAUUUUAAAGUCUGUUUCUAUGGAACGGUGUAAAUGUUUUAAUAGCUAAUUAGUAUUUGUAUUGGCUUUUAGAUAUGGGUGUUUUGUGUUGGUUUAAUGUAUGUUGUUAUGUAUUUCCUUGUAAUCUUUGUCUUGUGCUGCCUAUCUUGAACAGAGCUCCCUGGGAGAAGAGAUAUUGUAUCUCAAUGGGACCUUCCUGGUUAACUAAAUAAAUAAAAGACCAAUCACCUGA